AUUCUCCCAGCGUGCUUUGCGGUGUCGGCGGCGCCUGUCUGCUGCUCGCCAUAUUGUGUCUCUGACGGGAAAGGAACGAAGGCAGGCAGGAAAGAAGGAGGAAGGGGGCAGAGCCCGCGGCUGUCGACUCGCCUCAGCCCUGGCUGCGGGAAGAGGAGGCGGAGGCGGCGGAGGAGGAGGGGGCGCCGACGGUGGCGGCAACGCCGUCCAAGAGAGCCGAGCCUCGGGGAGGGAACGGGCGAGCCACCGAGAAGGAGCCAACAACGGGGCCGCCAUGUCCCAGGCAGUGCAGACAAAUGGCACACAGCCCUUAAGCAAAACAUGGGAGCUCAGCUUGUAUGAACUCCAAAGAACUCCUCAGGAGGCUAUUACAGAUGGCCUGGAGAUAGUGGUGUCACCCCGAAGUCUCCAUAGUGAGCUGAUGUGUCCCAUUUGUUUGGAUAUGUUGAAAAACACCAUGACUACAAAGGAAUGUCUACAUCGUUUUUGUGCAGAUUGUAUCAUCACAGCCCUCAGAAGUGGAAACAAAGAAUGCCCUACAUGUCGUAAAAAGCUUGUUUCUAAAAGAUCUUUGAGGCCAGACCCAAAUUUUGAUGCCCUCAUCAGUAAAAUCUAUCCAAGCCGUGAUGAAUAUGAGGCUCAUCAGGAGAGAGUUCUAGCAAGAAUCAACAAGCACAAUAAUCAGCAAGCUCUAAGUCACAGCAUUGAGGAGGGUUUGAAAAUCCAGGCUCUGAACAGGUUACAAAGAGGCAAGAAGCAACAGAUCGAGAAUGGUAGCGGAGCAGAGGACAACGGAGAUAGCUCACACUGUAGUAAUGCUUCAACUCACAGUAAUCAAGAAGCUGGGCCAAGUAACAAACGGACCAAAACAUCUGAUGAUUCUGGUCUAGAACUGGACAAUAACAAUACAACAGUUGCAAUAGACCCAGUUUUGGAUGGUGCAAGUGAAAUUGAACUAGUUUUCAGACCUCAUCCUACGCUAAUGGAAAAUGAUGACAGUGCACAGACAAGGUACAUAAAGACCUCUGGCAAUGCCACAGUUGAUCACUUGUCCAAGUACCUAGCUGUGAGACUGGCUUUGGAAGAACUCCGGAGCAAAGGAGAGUCAAAUCAGAUGAAUCUUGAAACAGCCAGUGAGAAGCAGUACACAAUUUAUAUUGCUACAGCAAAUGGCCAGUUCACUGUGUUAAAUGGCUCCUUUUCUUUGGAGCUGGUCAGUGAAAAGUACUGGAAAGUGAAUAAGCCCAUGGAGCUCUACUAUGCACCAACAAAAGAACACAAAUAAGUCUUGACAAGCUUUCAGUUGGAACUGUACUUGCUUUUAUAGCUCUGGUUUAUUUUAAAGAAAUGAAGCACCAUACUCUGCACCAUGGACAACUGCUGAGAGACUCUGGUCAAUUAAUAUUCAUAUUAAUUAUUAGGCAGUAUUUUGUGUGAUAUUUUAACUUAUAUAUAUAUAUUUUCCUUUUGGAGAUUGAUGUGUACAUUCCAUUGUUGCUGUCAAAUGUGCUUUUUGAUUUGGUGGCUCUUGUCCUAUGCGCAUGAUGUUAGAAGCAGCAAAAGCUGAUUUGCAAGUAUGUUUUCAUGGUGGUGCAUUUUGUGUUGACAAACACACCAGCGCCUCAGUGAGUGCUGACAAGCAAAGAACUUCAGUUUCAACAGUGUUUGAAUACAAAUGUUUAGAAUUUGCUAAUAGGUAUGGAAUAAUUAUGAGGCUGAGGAAAAUGUUACUGCUGAAAGGUUUAUUCACAGCAGUAACUGAACUAUAUAGAUUGCCCCGACUACAAGUCCUAUAUUCUGAAUAUGAAAGGUUGCUUUAUAUGCCACAUUGGCCAGAGUCCUGUUGAAGACAUUAUAGAAGGAGGUAUUCAAUACCUAUUAUGUAUUACUGUCUUCUUCCUUCUCACCCUGAUGGAAAACAGUUUUCAAAUGUAUGAAGUGUAUGGGGAUUUCCUGACUGGGAAUGGGUAAGGGGCCAUUUGGCUGUGAUUCUGCAACUGGGAAAAUAACAGAUGCUGCCCCUCUUCUCUUCAGUGUGCAUUAUGGUAAUCUGAGAGGAAGAUGUUUGUUCUCUUCUCCUUGUUUCAGAACUGUAGCAGGAUACUACUGUGUGGGUGCCUCCUGGCCAUCAGGGUGAACUUUUGUACUGGGAAGCUCCCCAUGCAAUGUAGGAUCUCCUCUGUUCUCACAUAGAACUGGCUUUACAUUCAGUUCCUUUGUCCAUGUUUAAGGUAAUAGGCUUCUCAGCUAAGAAGCUGAAACCAUCAAACAAUGGUUAAGAGAAACAAUAGUUAGCUUUUAACUAUAAAUGAUAGUGACUUCAAUUGCUUAACAGCAGUUAAGGAAUAAAAGAGAACUUUCACUCUGGGGAAGGACUGCACAUGUGCUAACUUUGGUUUUGAAUAGCCCAGUAAGGAGAGCGAAACUCAAAAGUGCGGAUUCAUCUUAGAAAAUAGUAGUCCUUGCUGCCAGCUAGUUACUUGAGCAUUGUGUAGCUCAUUUAAAUGGAGGCAAAUCCAUGUCUCUUUUGAAAGUUGUGUUAUUCUGGGUGUGGAAUUAUGACUGCUAGAAGAGAAGCACAUCUCUGCAAAGUAUUCCCACCUUGCAUCUCCCUGCUCCCCAUUUUUUUCUUAGCCAUGUUAACAGUACUUAGCACUUAUGAGUUUAACAAAUGCAAUGUUUUUAGCUGAUUUUUAGUUUUGGUCAGAGCUCUGCACGCAACCAUUGAUGGUUAUGUAUUCAACUAAACCAGAUUGGAUUUGGUAAAUCAAUUAUCACAUUAAAUACAUUGGUUUACUUCACCUGCAGAAACUACCUCCUUCUAUAUAUUGAAGGACUAUCGUUCACCCUGUGUUUUUUUUCUAAAAUUCAGUAUAUGGAUUGAUGCCAUUUGAUCCAGGGAAUGGAAACACUGCACAAAAAGCCAGAGAGGCGGACAAGACUGUGGAAAGCUCCAUAUUUUUUACUCUCUCAUUAGAAUAACAAAUCUAGAAACUAUGCAUCCAUCUGUCAUGCUUUCUUUUAAAUUCUUAAUUAUGUUUUGGAUAAAGCAUAUGCUUUCAAUUCCAGUAAUUUUUUAGUCCUGUAUAAUAAGGGAAAUAUUGUGUAAUACUCGCUUUUUAAAAACAUUUACUAUUAAUUUCUUAAAUUAUGCUAGCAAUUCGUGCCAUGAGGCUUUAUAGUUAUAAGUCGGAGGUGGGAAGGAAAAUAUGUACCAUGACUGUUUGGUUUUGUUCAGUACUUUUGGUGUAAUGUACAGUUUAUAUAGCUUGCUAGUGCAUGUCCUCUCAAUAUAAUCAGGUUUCUUUUUAUGUGAAAAUGCUUUUUUAUGGGCAAAUGUGAAUCGCAGCAGAACAAAAUCUGUAUUGUGAUUUACUUUGUUAUCAGAUAAACACGUCUGUAAAAUUUUGAAAGCUUAUCUACCUAGAGGGUGUGUUGUUCCCAACUUAGUGUGGGAGAAUGUGAAUUUUUACUUCCAUGUUAUAGUGAAUUCACUAUUUAUAUUUACUUUAAUACAUAAAGUAGCUGUUUCAACCAA